AUGCCUAGAUCAGUGGAUCCUCUUGUUAUUGGACGUGUAGUUGGAGAUGUCUUGGAGCCAUUUACAACUUCUGUGUCUCUGAGGAUAGUCUAUAACAACAGCUUUGAAGUUAUCAAUUGUUGUGAGCUCAAACCCUCACAAAUCCUGAACCAACCAAGAGUUGAGAUUGGUGGAGAUGACCUCAGAAACCUUUACACCCUCGUGAUGGUGGAUCCUGAUGCACCUAGUCCAGGAAACCCAAAUCAGAGGGAAUAUUUGCACUGGUUAGUAGCCAAUAUUCCAGGAACUACAGGAACAAACUUCGGUGAAGAGGUUGUGGGGUAUGAAGGUCCACGUCCCAUGAUGGGGAUUCAUCGCAUUGUUUUCAUACUGUUUCGACAAUCGCAAAGACAAACAAUAUAUGCACCAGGAUGGCGUCAAAAUUUCAACACCAGAGAUUUCAGUGAGCUUUAUAAUCUUGGAUUACCAGUUGCAGCAACCUACUUCAACUGCAAACGACAACUUGAUUCUGCUCGAAGGAGAUAA